GCCUCUAGAAUGAGCCCUGCAAUGCACAAUCCGAAUAUAUUCGAGCUCUACUGCUCUAGUGCGGAUAUCGAAUAUCACGUGUUGAAACACCCCUCCCCUAAAAAAAAAAAUAAAGAUGCAUAUAACUAAUUAACUAAUAUGCAUCGUAAAUGUUAAUGAUUUUCAGAUCGUGGGUGCAAUUAUAAAUAUCACACAGCAGCACAUUAAUGUACGUACAUACAGGAAUAAAAAGUAGAAUUAUUUUUAUUUUUCCCCCCAAAAAAAAGAAGAUGGAAAAGUUAAAAGAGAAACCGAUGAUAAUGAAUGAUGUUUUCGAAGAAGGAGAUGUGGGUGUGAAAAAGGGAUCAUCACCAAGUGCAUUGUUAGUAUUUUCACCAAUAAUACCUGGAAAAUAUCCUGUUUUAUUAUUUUUCCAUGGGUUCGUUCUCAAGCCUAUCUGGUACAAAUCCCUCCUCCAACAUAUUUCUUCCCAUCGCUAUAUUAUCGUUGCUCCUAAGUUAUCUUCUCUGAUUUCACAAAGCGAUGAAGUGAAGAGAGCAGCCAAAGUUACAGAAUGGUUAGGCAAAGGCCUAAUCUCCGUUCUGCCGGAGAAAGUGCAACCGGAUCUUCUCAAGCUCGCCGUCUCCGGCCACAGCAGAGGUGGUAAAAUUGCUUUUGCACUUGCUUUACUACAUGGAAACUCAACUCCAACACCUCUCAAAUUUCAAGCACUUGUCGGAAUCGACCCCGUUGCAGGUUCCUCUCCGUCCUGCCUGUCAGCUCCAAAAAUUCUGAAAUAUAUUCCUCAAUCGUUCGAUCAGAGCAUCCCCGUGGCGGUGAUUGGGUCCGGGUUGGGAAACCAACGGGCACAUUGUACCCUUGUUCGGACCGAUCCGCUAGCUAUCGGUGUGGAAUCGGAACGGACUGAAGCGAUACCGGAACAUUACCCGAAUAGCGCUACACUUAAUGGGAUUAAUAUAUAA